CACUGUCAGUUGUGAGACACAGCUCGUGGGUUACGGUUUCCCAGUUCCGAUUUUUCAAACGAAAGUUGUUCUAUUUUGUUUGACAGCCGUUUGUUUACGUUUACUGUGAGAACUUGAAGUACUUUUAUCGACGCGUGUAGUAAUCACGGUUGCUAGGUGCUUUGUAGUUGUUAUCGAUGUUUUGAAAUUUAAUCGAUUGUGUUGUGUUAUUUCGAUUUAGUUUAACGUAGGCGUUGUGUGUUGGUAAAUAAAGACUUUAUUACUAUGACUUUGAGUUAAAACUACAAGUUAAUACCAGUGAAAAGAUUUGAAACAUUUACAAGUGAAGAUAGAGUAUGGGUGCCCUAGAUUGCAUGUCAAGCGGAAAAAUGCAACUAGCUGACAGUACAGAAGUGUUCGCCAUCAGUACAUCAUCGAAUACUACUUUGAAUGAACCGAGGAAAGACGUGGAGUCACAAAAAGAAGGCACAAAACGACAUAGCUACUGGUGGACACUACUGAUUGACGUUCCUCUACUAUGUGUCGUCCUGGCACUCAUCGGCCUCUUCGAGCUGGGCUUCAUCCCGAGUCACAAGGCUGGCUUCGUGUGCGGCGACCCAUCCUUGUCGUUCCCUUUCAACGGUGACACAGUCUCUACGGGCGUCCUCAUAGCCGUGAUAUUCUUCGCUCCCAUUGUAGUGAUGUUCAUCACCGAACUCAUCUUCACAGACUCGGACUACUCUUACAAAGCGAGGCUCCGCCAAGCCUUCAUCAAGUGCCUCCUGGUAUACAAAUGCUAUAUUUACGGGCUGAUCUUCAACUUCGUCGUCAUUGAGGUCAUGAAAGGCCUCGCAGGCAGCCCCAGGCCUACCUUCUUCGAUCUGUGCGAGCCGGAUACUGCUAAGACUUGCAAUGGAAAUGAAUUCGUAACUACUUACAAAUGCACAUCGAAGAGAUUCUCCUGGUGGAUGCAGAAUGAUGCCCACCACAGCUUUCCUUCAGGCCAUACCUCAUUGUCUGUGCACUGUGGACUGUUCAUUGCGUGGUACGUUCAAAAGAGGGCUUUCGACUGGCGCCACCGCACCGUCUUCGUGGUCCCCUGCAUCCAGUUCGUUGCAGUCAGCUUCGCAGCCUUGGCUUCCUUGUCCCGGAUCACGGACCAUAGGCACCACUGGUGGGACGUCCUCGCUGGGUUCUUCAUUGGUUUUGCCACCUUUUUCUAUGCGGCCGUAGUCCUUUGCAAGAACUUCUCAAGAACAAGCAACAAAGAAGAAUCCUCUCCCACCCAGUCUUCCGUCAGGACUCUGGUAUUCGACUCGCAAACAAGCGUAGGAUCGCCUUGACAAUAUAAUUAAAUUGUAGGUAAAUUAAUUAAUUAAAGACUUGAGAAGACUGCAUCAUAGAUCAGUGAAGCAAUUAAGAAUAUUGCGAUGUGAUACCUUUCAAAGGACAUUUCUCAAUAAUGUAGUGUUAAAGGGCUAAAUAUUUCUUACUAGAUUUUGCCCGCGGCUUCACCCGCGUGAAAUUUAAAUUGUUAUAAUAUUAAUAGGAUGUACAGUCAACGACAAGUAGUUUGUGAUACCCAAAGUUCGCAAUACCUACGUCUUUGUUACUAAGGUUGUGUUAACUUUUUGGUCACUUUGGGUGUCACGAACUAUUUGACACUAAGGCUGGGUUGCACCAUCUUAAGUUAACUUUAACAAACGUCAAAAAUCUGUCAAACUCCAUACAAAAAAACACCGGUUAUUUAAAGUUACGGUCAAAAUUAGGUGGUGCAACUGAGCCUAACUGUAGUGCUAUUUUAAGUAAUCAAUACGCAAGAGCGGACUUUGAUGCCUGUUUUCACCAUCAAUCCCUAAUUUUUAAGUGACCCCUAUGGUAACAAAUAACAGGAAUUUUGUUUACAUAGGGGUCACUUAAAAAAUAGGGAUUGAAAGUGAAAACGGGCAUGAGACUCUUUUUUGUGGCAGUUACAAUAUUUACCUACUUACUAUCAUCUCAUAUAGCUAUAGGUAAAAAUAGCUAUACUAGAAUGAUCUGUUCAUCAUAACAAAAUCAUACUCUUCAACAAAAAUGUCAAACAUAAGCCAGUCUUCACAAGAAAAAUGUGUAUCAACGUGCGAAUAGCUUUAAGUUAUUAUUAAAUACUGCGGCUAUACCUAGUUUUAGGAUAUAAUUUAUUUAAUUUAAUGUAAAUAAUGUAUCGAAGUAGUGAACGGUCAGUAUUGAAUUUAGUGUAUUUUUUUAUACUUAAGUAAUUUAUAUUACGUAAGUUCACCGAGUCUCAUGCAUGACAUGAGAUAUAUUGACGAAAAUGCAACUUGUAAAUAGAUGGUGCCAUUAAUUUUAAUCUACUACGGAUAUUAAAAUAUUGUUAAAAA